CUCACCGAUCGGUAGUUAAAGGAGGUGGGACAAUUACUUAAUGCCGCGUUCGUUUGCCGUGCGGUUCUGAGCUUUUCCGCUCCGAUUUUUCAGUAUUACCACUCGAACGUUUUGUUUAAACUUCUUGUUUUGCCAAGUUUCACUGUGUCUUAACGGUUGUCUAACUGAAAAUAACCGAUAAAAUAACGGGAUUUUCGGGAAGAGCAGGAGCAUCAAGCUCGACUGGAAGCUGGAAAUAGCCGAAAUCAACAAAGGAAAGCGAAAAAGAAACAGAAAUAGCGGUUAGCGGUUAGCAAGCAGCGACGUCGGCUGCGACGCCGACGUUGGCAGAGACUGGAAACAGACGUGAGCUUGGAGCGUUCCAUUUAAAUCAGAACGGUUACGGGAAUCGAGAAGCGACGGAGCGACGUCACCGCCGCCGUCACCGUUAACAAAAAGUGUCAACCGAUCGCUGGCAGCGCUUCAAUUCAGCGCGCGCCGCUUAACGGUAACGGUCCUUCCAGUAUUUCGCAAUUUUUUUUCCACUUGUCGUCCAAAAGAACUAUACUCCAAACGCUCGAGAGACUAAAGUUUACGGAUUUCCCGGGUGUUUUUUCUUUCAUCAAUUUUUAAUCGUAGUGCGACACCCCGAAGAGCAUGUCGCCGAAUCGAUGGAUCCUGCUGCUCAUCUUCUACAUAUCCUACCUGAUGUUCGGGGCGGCGAUCUACUACCACAUUGAGCACGGCGAGGAGAAGAUCGCGCGCGGCGAGGAGCGCAAGGAGCAGGCCGAGAUCAACGCCUGGUUGCUGGAGGAGCUGUCCGACAAGAACAGCACCAUACAGAACGAGAUUCUCGAGCGGAUAUCGGACUACUGUGGCAAGCCAGUCACGACUGUUCCUGCACACGAUGACACUCCGUACACGUGGACCUUCUACCACGCCUUCUUCUUCGCCUUCACCGUCUGCUCCACGGUGGGAUAUGGCAACAUAUCGCCGACCACGUUCGCCGGACGGAUGAUCAUGAUCGCGUACUCGGUGAUUGGGAUCCCCGUCAACGGAAUCCUCUUUGCCGGUUUAGGUGAAUACUUUGGACGUACGUUUGAAGCGAUUUACAGGCGAUACAAGAAGUACAAGAUGUCGACGGAUAUGCACUAUGUUCCGCCGCAACUGGGACUGAUUACCACGGUGGUGAUUGCCCUGAUUCCCGGAAUCGCUCUGUUCCUGCUGCUUCCCUCGUGGGUGUUCACCUACUUCGAGGACUGGCCGUACUCCAUCUCGCUGUACUACAGCUACGUGACCACGACCACGAUUGGGUUUGGCGACUAUGUGCCCACCUUUGGAGCCAACCAGCCAAAGGAGUUUGGAGGCUGGUUCGUGGUCUACCAGAUCUUUGUGAUCGUGUGGUUCAUCUUCUCGUUGGGCUACCUGGUCAUGAUCAUGACCUUCAUCACCCGGGGACUGCAGAGCAAGAAGUUGGCCUAUCUGGAGCAGCAGCUGUCCUCCAACCUGAAGGCCACUCAGAACCGCAUCUGGACGGGAGUCACCAAGGAUGUUGGCUACCUGAGGCGAAUGCUCAACGAGCUCUACAUCCUCAAAGUGAAGCCUGUUUACACCGACAUAGAUAUCGCCUACACCUUGCCGCGCUCCAACUCCUGUCCGGAUCUGAGCAUGUACCGUGCGGAGCCCGCUCCCAUUCCCAGCAGGAAGCGGGCCUUCUCCGUGUGCGCCGACCUGGCCGCCGCCCAACGGGAGGCCGGCAUGGUGCACGCCAGCUCGGACACGGAGCUGAGCAAGCUGGACCGCGAGAAGACGUUCGAGACGGCGGAGGCGUACCGCCAGACGACCGACCUGCUGGCCAAGGUGGUCAGUGCCCUGGCCACGGUGAAGCCACCGCCGGCGUCGGAGCAGGAGGACGCCGCGCUGUACGGCGGCUACCACGGCUUCUCCGACUCGCAGAUCCUGGCCAGCGAGUGGUCCUUCUCGACGGUGAACGAGUUCACCACGCCGCGGCGUCCGCGGGCGCGGGCCAGCUCCGAUUUCAACCUGGAGGCGCCGCGCUGGCAGAGCGAGCGGCCACUGCGCUCCGGGCACAACGAGUGGACCUGGAGCGGGGACAACCAGCAGAUCCAGGAGGCCUUCAACCAGCGCUACAAGGGCCAGCAGCGGCCGAACGGAGCCGGUGCGGCUCCCAUGGUCCACCUGGAGCCGGAUGCUCUCGACGAGCAGCUGAAGAAGCCAUCGCCGGCGGGAGCUGGUCGCGUCAAGAAGUUCUCGAUGCCGGACGGGCUGCGUCGCCUGUUCCCCUUCCAGCGGAAGCGGCCGUCGCAGGAUCUGGAGCGCAAGUUGUCGGUGGUGUCGGUGCCCGAGGGCGUCAUCUCGCAACAGGCGCGCUCCCCAAUGGACUACUACAGCAACACGGUGACGGCGGCCUCCAGCCAGUUCUACAUGCGCAACGGACGCGGUCCGCCGCCGCCGCCCUUCGAGUCGAACGGCAGCCUGGCCAGCGGCGGUGGCGGUGGCCUGACCAACCUGGGCUUCCAGCUGGAGGACGGCGCCACUCCGCCUUCGGCUCUGAGCAGCGGAGCCUACCAGCGCAAGUUGGGCGGAGGAAAGCGCCGACGCGAGAGCAUCUACACGCAGAAUCCGGCGCCGUCCGCUCGCCGGGGUAGCAUGUAUCCGCCCACGGCCCACGCCCUGGCCCAGAUGCAGAUGCGCCGCGGCAGCCUGGCGACCAGCGGUUCCGGAUCGGCGGCCAUGGCCGCGGUGGCCGCCCGGCGGGGCAGCCUCUUCCCGGCCAUCGCUUCGCCCAAUGCAAUGAGCUCGGCGCCGCGCCGCAGCAGCAUCUUCUCGGUGACCUCCGACAAGGACAUGAACGUGCUGGAGCAGACGACCAUCGCGGAUCUGAUUCGCGCCCUGGAGGUGGUGCACACCCACGCGGUGCUGGAUGAACAAACGCAGGCGGCGGCGGCGGCGGCGGCCAAUGGAGAGGCAGGAGGCGCCGCCGGAGGAAGAGCGUCCAAGGGCAGUCGCAAGCAGAGGAAGAUGGGCAACGCGGGUCUGGAUCCGCCGCAGCUGCCGCCGAUCCUCUCGCUCUUCGCCGGCGAUCAGACGAGGAGUCUGCAGGCGGCGGCCGCCAAUCGGUUGUACGCCCGUCGGUCCACCAUUGUGGGCAUCUCGCCCACCGGCGGAGCAGCCAGAUCCCUGCUGGAGCCACCGCCCAGCUACACCGAGCGAGCCGGAAGUCAGAGCCAGCUGGCCGCCGGAGGAUCCGCAGCCGUUCCGGCGAAUGCCACUGGUGGCCAGCAGGGCAAGUUCCGUCGGCGCUUCAGCGUGAGGCCGACCGCUCUGCAGAUUCCGCCGGGACAGGCGCCGCCGCCGGGUGCCAACUUGUCGGAGUCCUCCUCGCAGUCGGCGCUCCAGCGACGCCUCUCGCUGCGUCCCUCGCCGCUCGCCCGGGAGCUGUCGCCCACCUCGCCGCCCGGCGGAAGUGCCUUGCCAGCGGUGGCCGCCGAGUCUGAGUCCGGCGGAACGUCCGCCCAGCGACUGCUGCCGCUGCCCGCCGGAACGAGACCGAGCACGAGCAGCACCCACUCGCCGCUCUCGAGGAUCGUGCAGAUCUCGCAGGCGCAGCGCAAGAGCAGCAUGCCCACCAAGGCGCCGGAAUCGAGUGCCGGCGGAGGAUCGAGUUCCGCCGGUGGAUCCAGUGAGAGGUUGUAGUCCGUUAUCAGUUAUCCGUAAUCCGUAAUCCGUAAUCCGUUAUUGUUAAGUUGUGUUGCCAACUAUGUCCAUGUCACGGGAUUGCUGCAUCCGCUGUUUGCAUCCAUCCCACAUAGUCGAUAAGGCUGCCAAAAGUCCUUAGUUGUUAUGCUAAUGUUACCCGUAAAUGUAACCUAUUUACACAUAUCCAGUUAUCCUAGUGUUAUGUAUUUUUAAAACCAUCUCUCUCUAUUGUUAUCCUCUAUUUAUACCUGUAUCUGUAUCUGUAUCUGUAUCCUUAUCUAUAUAUAUAUAUAUAUUCUUUUUGUAUAUUGCUAAGAAGGGGCUUAUAUGAACAAAGCGAUCCAUACAUUUUCCAGCAUUCAAUUGGGACCUAAAAAGGAUCUCGAUUCGUGUGUAUUUUCAUUUAUCUCUUAGGGUGUCUUCAUUCGCCAAACAUUUUCCAUGCUGUUAUUUAAUAAAGAUUAUCUGCAAAAAUA